AUGGGCCCGGUCCUCCCAGAAUACAACUCACAUCGUCUUCACACUCUGUCCUGCUCCUUGCAGACCUUCGGGUCUGCUCAGGAGCACGGAGCUCCAUUAAGCAAGCUGGAGGAUGCGUUUCAAGAAAAGUUGACCAAGCUCCUCAUGCCUGUGGCCCAGGCACGGUCGGGAACAAGAGAUAAGAGCAGUGGGCAGGGGACGCGGGCAUCCUUCCCACCCAAAACACAGCUUGAUGGAGUUAUCGCAAAGGAAGGCACGUUCAGCCGCUUUAUAGAAUUAACAAUUGAUCAGUUUGGUGGCGCCCGAGUCCUUUAUAAGCACCCAUGUUUAUUCAUUAUUGUGAUUACACAGCGGAAGCAGCUCUGCUGGACUUUUGUUGGGGGAGAAGCAGUCCCUGGCGAGCCUCUCCCCUGCUUUCUGCCCCUUCCCAGGGCCACAUCUGCAGGAGCCUGGUCUCCCUGCGCCCUCACUGACCUGUCCUGCUUUCUCCCCAGGAUGAGAGUCUGUGCUAAGUCAGUGUGGCUGUCACAUGGGCUCUUCCUGGCCUACGUGUUGAUGGUGUGCUGCAAGCUGCUGUCCGCCUCGAGCCAGCACCUCCGGGGACACGCAGGCCACCACCAGAUCAAGCAAGGGACCUGUGAGGUGGUGGCCGUGCACAGGUGCUGCAACAAAAACCGCAUUGAAGAGCGGUCCCAAACGGUCAAGUGUUCCUGCUUCCCGGGGCAGGUUGCUGGCACAACUCGGGCACAGCCUUCUUGUGUUGAAGCUUCCAUCGUGAUCCAGAAAUGGUGGUGUCACAUGGAUCCCUGUUUGGAAGGAGAGGACUGUAAAGUGCUGCCUGAUUACUCAGGUUGGUCCUGUAGCAGUGGCAAUAAAGUCAAAACAACAAAGGCAAGUAUAGACAAAAACACAGCUGUCAUUUAUAACUUCAGCACAGUGUUAACUGUGGGGUUUCCCGCCUUGAUUUAACCCUGCCACUGAGAAAACAACAUUAUUUCACAUUGAUAAACCUGGCUUUCUCGAGGCUUUUGACAGGAGUAGUGCCACCCUUUUCGCAAAGCUCAUUUCCCAGAGUCACCCUUUGUGUCAGAUUUUAUAGAUUAGUGAUUUGGUGGGUGAACUCGUUAUUUUCAGCAGGACCACUAAAUUCAUUUCAGUUCCUUCAUGAGCCCGAUUUAGAGUUCAGGUUUAAGGGCUGACAGGCAGUGUAGCAGAACACCACCAAGGCAAGAAUCCACAUACAGAUGAUAUACUAAAGUAGAAAUAUCUACUGCCUUAAAGGAAAUUUAAUGGCGAAUGGUGGAAGACUCUAAUUCAAAUCUUUUAAGCCAACAGUCUCCUCCUCAAAUGAUCCUUCUUCCAGUUCUGUCUACUCUUUCAAGCUAAGAAACCUAGCUUCUU